AUGUUGCGGCCCUUCAGGUGUGGAAUUUCUGGAGGGGAUUUCCGACAAAGAGCCUUGACAAAACUAACAGUUAUUAGCUCACUGCCUGGACAUCCUGUACUUCAGAGUUUACACAUAAAAGUUGGAGACAAAGCUGAACUUACCAAAGCUUUUACACAGAAUGAUGUUGUUACUUUUUCUGAUUUAACAGGUGACACAAAUCCUUUGCAUUUAAAUGAAGAUUUUGCAAAGAAAUCUAGAUUUGGGAGAACUAUUGUACAUGGCGUUUUGAUCAAUGGACUUAUUUCUGCAGUUCUGGGUACUAAAAUGCCUGGUCGAGGUUGUGUAUUUCUUUCUCAGGAGAUCCGAUUUCCAGCUCCUUUGUAUACUUGUGAAGAAGUCAUAGCUUCAGCAGAAGUUAAACGACUGAUGGGUUCUAUUGCACACAUUUCAGUAUCAUGUAAUGUCAAAGAAAGUGGAAAGACUGUUAUGGAGGGGAUGGUGAAAGUCAUGGUGUCAGACAGUGAGAGCUGUUAAUCCUAUGCUGCUUUACUAUAAAGGCCAGAAAUGUAUGCUUGGUUUUGACUCUGUCUUUUAACAGCAUGACAUCAUGUAAUCCAGUAAAUUUUCAACAAAAAACCUUCA